AUGAGGUUUGAAGAUUAUUUCUCAUUUCAAAUUUUCUUCAUCUUUUUAAGGGAGUCCUUGGAAAUUGUAAUUAUUGUUUCCAUUCUACUAACCAUAGUCAGACAAGCACUCUCAGUGAAUGACAAGAACUCAAUCCAGAAUGAAACCGAUAUAAAUAAUACUGAUGUAAGUGUAGGAUCUUCGCAACUAUCUACAAAUCCAGAGACAGCUCCGAUGAUUGAUAACCACUUAACGAUAGAAGAAGAAGAAGAAGAAUUUGAAACUGCAAACACAGAAAGUCAAGAUAUUCAACCUGGUGAUUCAUCCAAACUUUAUUCAAAAUUAAAGAUUCAAAUUAUUUCGGGUGGUGCACUAGGUUUGUUGUUAUGUUUACUGAUCGGUGGUUCCUUCAUCACAAUCUUCUAUCAUAUUGGAUCUGAUCUUUGGUCAUUAAGUGAACAUUAUUACGAAGGUAUCCUAAGUAUUGUUGCUUCUGUCAUUAUAUCAGUUAUGGGAUUAUUCUUUUUGAGGAUGGGUAAACUUAGGGAGAAAUUUAGAAUUAAAUUGGCAUCCAUCAUUUACUCUGACCGUGGGAAAAUGUUCAAGGAUAAUGCAGAUAAUGCAGUUAAAUUUAGUGAAAAAUAUGCCUUUUUCAUAUUACCAUUUGUUACAACAUUAAGAGAAGGACUUGAAGCUGUUGUAUUUAUUGGUGGUGUUGGUAUUGAUCAACCAUUAACCUCAAUCCCAUUAUCCAUGCUUUUAGCUGUUUGUGUUAGUGGUAUCUUUGGUUACUAUUUUUUCAAAUAUUCCAGUUCUUUGUCUUUGAAAAUUUGUUUAGUAGUAACUACUUGUUUUCUGUAUCUAAUUGCAUCUGGGUUAUUUUCUAAAGGUGUAUGGCAGCUAGAAGUGCAAGACUAUGUUAAUAAAUGUAACGGCCAAGAUAUGACUGAAAUAGGUAAUGGUCCGGGUUCUUAUGAUAUAGUACGUUCCAUAUGGCAUGUAAAUUGUUGUAAUGGUGAAAAAGAUGGUGGAUGGAUGAUCCUGACUGCCAUUUUUGGAUGGACUAAUAGUGCGACAUAUGGCUCUGUUAUCAGUUAUAACAUAUAUUGGUUAGUAUUGAUCGGUGCAUUAAAAUUGUUAAUAGUUGAAGAACAACACGGUUAUAUCCCUUUCUUACCAGUGAAAUUUCAAAAGAAGAGAAUCUUAAAGAGAAUGGCCAUUUCAAAAGCAUCCAUCAAUUUGAGACAAAAUACAAAUAGUAUUUAUCAACCACCAAGUACAGAUUCUACAAGAACUUCAAAAGAUAGUGAAACUCCACUAAUUGAACAUGGAAAUAAUAAUGCUGGAUUUGCUCAUGGUGCCACAUAG